AUGGUGAUUCCAGCUCCAUCCAACUCAGAGAAGAAGCCACACAUGAAUGGACAUGCAUCCCCGUCACACUUAGCAGCUAACGUCAGCAACAACCAUGGAGUUCUGGAGGGUUACAUGAAGACAGAUGACAGGAUGCGUUUAGCCAAAGAGAGACGUGAAGAGAGGGAGAGAAGCCUGGCGGCCAGGGAGCAGCUGAUCAGAGAGAAGGAGCGCCGAGCUCGGCUGCAGUACGAACGCACAGUGGAGGAACGCUGGAGGCGGCUGGAGGAGCAGCGGCAGAAAGAGGAGCAACGCAGAGCUGCAGUGGAGGAGAAGAGGAGGCAGCAGCUCGAGGAGGAGAGGGAGCGGCUCGAGGCCCUGAUGAAACGUUCUCUGGAGCGAAGCCUUCAGCUGGAGCAGAGGACAAAACGCUGGAGCAGGGGCUGCCCUACAGGAGCAGCUCCCUGCAGCCCUCACAGGUCACCUUUCUGCAGUUCGCUGAACCCUGCAGAUCACAGCAGAGCUGGACUUCACGGAGGCUCUCAGUCUACUCCCAAUACCCCCAAGAAAGAGCGACUACGCAGAGAAAGAAGAACCGCAUCCCCAGGUUGUGGAUCCCCUGUGAGAAGAUCUGAAUCUCCUGCCAGUGUCAACAAGCACUUGGCUUCCCCUACUACCUCCAAGCUGGUGUCUCGGAUGCGUGCCCAGUCUCCCAGCAGUGCACAUCAGUACCAUUACUCUCCAACGAGACAACGCCCAAACCUGACAAGUGAUGACAGGAAAUCGGAGGAAAAGAAACCCGAGAAAAAUUCCGAACUAUCCAAAACGGAGACGGCUGUGAAAAAGAAUCCUGACGUCAGCAGCACAAAUUCAUCUUCACAAGCUGAUAAGAAUGUAGUCAACAUUGACAUAACUAAAAGCCAACCUUCUAAAGGUGAACACAUUGACAAGCAUCUUAAGGUGGAAGGAACUGAAAGAAAUCAGUCUCCUGACAGAAAGAACCAAAUGUCUCCCAAAGUGGAUUCGUCAGAGAAAAAGGUGCAGAACAACGUUCAGGAUGGAGACAAGAAAAAAGAAUCAGCGGCGUGCACGUUGGCAGGGAAGGCGGCAGCUGGCACAACGAAUGCAGAGGAGGCUACCAGGUUGCUGGCAGAGCGAAGGCGUCAGGCUCGUGCUCAGAAGGAGAUAGAGGAGAAAAAACGGGAACAAGAGGAGGAAGAAAGAUUGAGGGAUGAGCAGCUGAAGAAACAACUGGUGCAGGAGCAGCGACAACAGGAGGCGAAGGCUCAACAAGUAAAGGAAAGAGAGAAAAAUGAGGAAGAUAAUAACAGGCUGAAGGAAGAAGAAGAAGACAAACAAAAGAAGGAACAGCAGGAGAAGGAGCUACAGACCCAGAUGGACAGAGAGAAAGAAAAAGCCAAAGUCCAGGCUCAAGAGGAUGCAGAGCGUCAGCGGCAAGACAGAGAACUGCAGGCGCAACAAGAAGAGGAGGAGAGGCAGCUCAGGAAAAAGAGAAUUGAGGAGAUCAUGAAGAGAACUAGGAAGGGUGAAGCUGACUUGAAGAAGGAGGAGCAGGCGGAGGCGAAGUCUGCAGGGGAUGUAAAGACUGUUCAAACUACUGCUCAGGUGAGCGAGCAGGCAGUCAAAAAGGUUGAGUUUCAGGUUAAACAGCAGGUCCAGGUCAAAACAAAAGAGGCCGUGAAGAAAGAAGCAGCAUCGCCGAUGGACAAUCAGAAGAGCGCGCAAGUUAAAAACAACACCCAUCUUGCGGCACCGACACACAAUGUUCCCGACAAGAGACCCGACGCCAAACAGAGCAGCGAAGAGCAAAGCAGCCACCUUAACAAAGACGCCAAAGCUUGCGUUCUCAAGCAGCAGGGAAAAGAGACGGAAGUGAAUGUAAACAAGCAGCACACAAAUGUGAAAGUCACAGACCAAACAAAUAAAGGGCCGACGAAGCCGGCAGCAGAUGCCAAAGUUAACCAAAGGGAGGGAAGCAUGAUGAACGGAGCGGUGAAGGGUGAAGGAAGUGCCUUGGUGAGCAGUCAUCGAACUGCUGAAGUGAGCAAACAGAAAAGCCUGGAUGUGACAUCAGCUGAGGGAAAGGCUCAAGGAGGGUCCCGGGUGGAAGUUGUUAGACCCCCUGUGACGCCCCUACCAGUGGGAUCACUACCAAUCAUCAAGCUGGAGCCUCUAGAUGUGAAGCGAACAGGGUCUGGUGAUGAGGUGCAGUCGAUGGAGGUCAGCCCAGCUUCAAGGGAAGAGCUCAUUUCAAUCCCAGAGUUCUCACCCAUCAACGAAAUGCAGCACAGUGGCAUGAGUAACACUCGAGCUCUGGAAGAUCUCAUAGACCUGACUGGAAGUGCCACCUACCCCAAACUGUCCUCUGAUAGCAACAUAGGAGACUGCAACAAGAACCUCAUCGAGGGCGUUGUUAGUCCCAUGUCAGACUCAAAGCUCAUUGGGGUGUCGCCUCCAUCCUCCAAUAAACUUAGCGUCCAGUAG